AUGGUUCGAUUGCGAUCUGGUCUGGCUGCUGGCGAGGACGAAGGGUUGCAGGCUUCUGAUGCAGGGACUUCAACGGGGCAACCCCCCCGUCGUCCCAAACGAUCAGGUUCGCAUCGCAGCGUUGGAACAACUGGUGAACCAAUUCAAGAUGACGCAUCAUUAAAAUGGCCGCCAAAGCUAAAAACUGAUCCAACAAAGAGGUCUCGAGAUAAAUACUGUAGGUUUCACCGGGAUCAUGGACAUAACACAGAAGAUUGUUUCGACCUCAAAAACCAGAUUGAGAACCUUGUUCGUAAAGGUCAUUUACGUAAAUUCACAACUAUAAAUGGAAAAGGAGGCUCCAACCCAGCCUGGGAGGGCGGAGAUGAUCGCCCUCCUCAACACCAACCAAUAGGUGAGAUCAAAGUUAUAUCGGGUGGCUUCAAUGGUGGUGGUGAGACAAGUUCGGCUCGGAGGGCUCAUGCUAGGAGAAUUCGGAGUUUUUCAGAGGUGAAUGAAGUUGGAAUGACAAGUCCUCCAACAAAAUUACCUCGAGUUGAGGAGCCGGUCAUAACCUUUUCUGAAGAAGAUGACAAGGGAAUUCACCAGCCCCAUGAUGACCCUCUGGUAGUUUCCAUGGUCGUUGCUAAUUUCACUGUUCGACGAAUACUGAUAGACAAUGGUAGCUCGGCUGACAUACUAUUUCUUAGGGCGUACGAGAAAUUGAAAAUUGGCUGA